AUGUCUAUCCUAGAUACCACGUUCCAGACCCUUGGUCCUGCAUUGCUUUACAACCCAACUCUCCAAAGAGUACUUGGUGAGAAUACUAUGGGCCAAGUCAAGGGUGAGACGCCAAUUGUGCCCUAUCACUUGUACCACUCUAUGCAAGAUGAGAUUAUCCCUUAUGUCAAUGCCUCAACGCUCUACAAAGCGUGGUGCAACAAUGGUGCAACGGUCAAAUUCACGACAUUUACGACUGGUGCCCACGCCAAGACGGCUGUCAAGGGAUACCUUGGUGUCCUCAGCUUCGUUGAUCAAGCCUUUGGUGGUAGCGUUGCUCCAGGAUGUGAAUCCAGCACUGCCAACGGCAUUGAUCUCCUAGGUGCAGUCGUGGAUCCAAUCUUGAAACCUCUGUUAGCUGCGCUGGAAGCUCUGCUCUAG